AAUUUUGACAGGUGUGCUCUCUGCAUUACCGGCCGCGUUUUGAAAAAAUAAACAAAAUGGCGUCUCUUUGAAAAGUGCAAAAUUUGAAGUGAAAUUGAAUCAUCCAAAAUACUAUGAAUAAGUAAUUUUCGGCGUAACGGACCCAAAUUUUCAGUUACUCAAGCAAGAUGGAACGAAGCAUCGGAGACACCGCCGACGAGAUAUCAAGCUCGAGUGCGAGCAGCUCGGAGUCGCUCAAGUUGCCCCACGUUGAGUUAAAUCGUAUCGCGUCCAAGCCUAUCGUGUUCUCCUGGCGCCCCCCCGACUUCCCCGAAGACUCCCUUGACAAUGCCUCGUCCCAGUGCAUGCUUUUCGACAGCCCCCUUGCGGCGUCCGACCAAAGCAAAGUGAUAACGCAAGAACCGACAGUGCCCCCCGACACAUGGCUCCUCGGCGGCACUCUAGGCAAUCGUCAUGCAACUCUCGUAUUUAAAAGUUCAGCAUUGGCGAAUUGCACUCAAAAAUCCAUACAAGAAAAACCCGGUCAUAAACUUCACAUCACUUAUAAAGUACUUCAAGCCGAAACAAAACUCCUUUCAAAAUUAUUAGAAUGUCAUGGAAUUGUUGAAGUUCCACCAAAUUCAUCCGAUUUUAAUUUAUUAUGGACGGGUUCACAUCCAAAACCGGGUGCUUUAAGAUCUUUAGCCCCCCAUCAACGAGUCAAUCAUUUUCCACGUUCCUAUGAAUUGACACGAAAAGAUCGUUUAUAUAAAAAUAUCGAACGAAUGCAACAUUGCAAAGGCUACAAACAUUUCGAUUUUAUUCCACAAACUUUUGUAAUGCCAACUGAAUUUGGUGAAUUGUGUUCGACACAUCAUCGAAUCAAGGGGCCGUGGAUUGUGAAGCCAGUGGCGUCGAGUAGGGGACGAGGGAUUUUUAUUGUUGAAACACCAAAUCAAGUGCCUCUGGAAGAACCAGUCGUUGUGGCUAAAUAUAUAUCGCGACCAUUACUUGUCGCUGGUCAUAAAUGUGAUUUGCGAUUAUAUGUCGCUGUUACGUCAUUUGAUCCUUUGCUUAUUUAUAUUUAUGAAGAAGGUUUAGUCAGAUUUGCAACUGUCAAAUACGAUUCUAGUCAUAAACAGCUGUGGAAUCCCUGUAUGCAUCUGUGUAAUUAUAGCAUAAAUAAGUAUCAUAGUGAUUAUGUCAAAUCGGACGACCCAAGUGCCGAAAAUGUGGGCCACAAAUGGACUUUGAGUGCCCUUUUGCGACAUUUAAAAGCCGAGGGUAAAAAUACGGCGAUUUUAAUGUCACAAGUCGAGGAUUUGGUCAUUAAGGCCAUUCUGGCAUCGGCGAAUUCCAUUAUUUCAGCGUGUAAAAUGUUUGUUCCGAAUCCGAACAACUGUUUCGAAUUGUACGGAUUUGAUAUUUUGAUCGAUGCGAAUUUAAAACCGUGGCUUUUGGAAGUGAAUUUAUCGCCGUCAUUGGGGUGCGACAGCCCCCUCGAUGUGCGAUUAAAAUCGGCCAUGUUGUCCGAUCUUUUGACACUUGUGGGAAUCCCCGGCGUUGAUCCGAUUUUAAGACCGACGACGAAUAGUCUCACUUCGGCCAGUAUUAAAUCAAGUAGUCGUGUCAAACUUGGACAUUGUCGAAGAGUUCAUUCGGCCGAUGGUUUGAGUAGUACUUUACCGAGAAAGAAUUCUUCAAUGCAUGGUGAUCGGUUAUCAUCGAGUGCUUUAACUCUCACACCCGAAGAAACACGAGUCAUUAAAUUGGCCAAAUGUCAAUUUGAACGAAGAGGUGGCUUUGUGAGAAUUUUUCCGGCUGUUGACAGUUGGACGAAAUAUUCGCAAUAUUUAGAUCCGGCCACCGGAAUUCCGAUUUCCGGUAACAACAACUCCUACACCAGUUAUAACCUUUCCGGUGCCCACAACUACAACUUGCUUCUCUACACUCAUUUUUUUCCGGACGCUCCGGUGAAUACAAAACUCAUGGAUAAAUCGAAUUUGAGAUAUAGUUCAUUGGACCGGAAACGCGAUCUCUCAUUGGAUAGUCAUACAGGUUCGUCAUUGGCGCGUCAAGAUCGUUACGAACGUCAAUUGAGUCAAGGUCAUCGACAAUCAUUGGCACCUCAAAAAAUCCACAAAGAGGGACGUUCGAUUGAGUUACGUAAACAAGUAAUGGAUAUGUUGAGGAGUGGGAAAAAAAUGACGCAAAGUGAAACUCGGAAGACAUUUAGUCAUUAUUUGGGGUGUGUUUUGAGGAGGAUUUCAGCAGGGCCGGAUCAGGAGGAUCACAUGGAAAUCGUUUUGAAGUUUUUACAAAAAGCAUCAAGUUAUCUGCGUACGCCAUACCAAGUCAAGACACCGAGUCAGAGUUUGGAUUAUAAGGAUAGGGCGGCUGUGGUUGCAAAACAAUUGAAUGAUUUCUUGUAUUUGUAUAAUCGUGAGACGGAAUUGUUUGUUGAUAAGACGGAGAAGCCGAGUCAGAUUCCGGCCAAGUUGUAUGGGGAGUUUCUCGAGAAUGCGAGGGAGUGCGAUUUGGAGGAGAUUUUGGUGCAUCAGACGACGCAAACAGUGCCAACGCAUGGGGGCAGGACGGGGUUUCAGGGUGUGUUGAAGUGCAUCCCCAAUGUGCCCAAAUCGUGCGGGUUGAAGCCCCCUUAUAAGACAUCGACGAAGAGCAAGGGCGUCAAAGUGGCCUCCUUGUCUUGAUUUUGUUACACAUGUUGGUAAUUUUGUCAAAAUAAUACUCUUGGUUGAGAUUGUUGGUUUUUUCUAGUUUUUAACGGUCUUGGUUUUUGUUUGAAAUGACUAUUUUUUUUAUUACCAAAGUUCAUUCCAAUUUUUUCAACGAAAAACAGUGAUAAUGUACUUUGCUUAUAACUAAAGCUGCUGCCAAAUAAAUAUUUUUCAUACGUAAAAUCACUGUAGAGGAGUUUAGUGACUUUUUACACGUAUUGUGAUAUGAAGGAAAAUGCUUGAGCUAUUUUCGAUACUUGUUACACCGCUAUUUGAUGUUUUUCUAUUAAGAAGUACUUGGAUCUUGCUCAAAUUUUUGCCUAAACUUUGUUGAUUUUUUAUUUUUUUUGUGUCUAAAUGUUAAGUAGGGACAAAUUUUGUACACAAAUAAUUUUAUACUUUGAGCACAAGCAAUGUUGUUGUGGUUGGUCGUUGUAUCGCUUAAUAAAAUUACGAAAACACCA